CACCGUUAACACACCCAUACCAGCAGAAGAAUGGACCCGGCUCAGCUACCUCCAUGGGACCUCCCGGAGGGCGUCACGUCUCGUUAUGUCGACACGUCCCCCGCAGGACUGAAGUUCCACGUCCUUGAGUCCCUCCCAGACACACUCGCGCCCGGCCAGCGUCCCCCGCUCAUCCUCCUCCUCCACGGCUUCCCGAACCUGUCGUACGACUGGCGCUUCGUCAUGCCGAAGCUCGCCGCGGCCGGCUACUACGCCGCGGCGUUCGACAUGAGGGGCUUCGGCCGCACGCACAACGCGGACCUCAGCCCGGUGCCCGACAGCUCGAUCCGGCCCAUGACGGCGCUGCGCGACGUGGUCACGCUGGUCCACGCGCUCGGGUACGAGGCCAUCCACACCCUCGUGGGACACGAUCUGGGCGCGUUCGUGGCCUCAGUCUGCGCCAUCGCGCGGGCGGACAUGGUCAAGUCGCUAGUGUUGAUGUCGCAUCCGUUCAAGGGCUCUCCUCGGCUGCCGUUUGGGACGGCCGUGUCUCCACGGCUGGCUCGUGCGAAUACUGCUCCCAGCCGAACCGGCGAUGGUAAAGGAGACGCAGCCAGGGCAGAUCCCGAUAUCCAGACGUCCCUCUUACAACUCGACCCGCCGCGAAAACACUACAAGUACUACAACGCGUCCCCCGAAGCUGCCGACGAAUGGACGUAUCCCACGGGCGAGCCUCUGCACCGGUUCCUCAGGGGCUACUUCCACCUCAAGUCGGCAGACUACACCCUGAACAAGCCGAGAGCCCUCCGAUCCUGGACGGCGGAGGAGCUCGCCGUCCUGCCGCACUACUACGUCAUGCGGGCCGACCUGUCGAUGCGCGGAAACGUCGAGCUAGACAUGGCCUCGUCGUUGGGCGAGCCAGCUGCCGCGGGCCCUAGCGACAGCGACAGCAAUGGGCGUGCUGCUGGUGGCGGCGGCGGCGGCAGCGGCGAGACGUCCUGGCUCAGCGACGCGGAUCUCCAAGUGUACACGGACGAGUUCUCGCGUACGACCUUUGGGCCUCCUUUGUCGUGGUACAGGGUCCUCGUAGACGCGGCCUUGUCGGCGGACCUCGCGUGCUUCGCAGGCACACGGCUUGCCGUGCCGACAAAGUACCUGUCCGGGACGAGCGACUGGGGCACGCAUCAGGUGCCCGGCGCGCUCGAGGCGAUGGAGGGCGGCGAGAGCGUCCGCGGCGACUGUUGGAUGGGCGCCGUCCACGUGCCCGGGGCCGGGCACUGGGUCAACAUGGAGAAGCCUGGGGAGAGCGCCAGGGAAAUAUUGGAGCUGGCGGGAUCCGUCUAGAAUCGACACGACGUAACACGGCACGAGUGACGGUACGAAAAGAAAGGCUUGGAAGGGGAGAGGUUCAAGGGAUUCUGUUUUGUUUGCCUGUCCCAGGCCGACGCCGCGGCCCGCGGGCAGUGGUUUGCGCCGAAACAAGCCUGUUGGAGGGUGUUCAAAGAAAAGCAGCUCUGGAACGACGUUACCCAAGAACCCCGGUGGUGGCUUGUUUCUUGGUGUGAUCCGAGAUAUAAUAUACAUGUGGUCUGACCCCCUCAUCUCAUGGUGCUUGAAAUCCAAGAAUAUCUUUCAUCGGGUUAUUCGGUAUACAGGAUCAGCGAGUGUGAUUCACUUACUCUUCCUCUCUCUCUCUACUUCGUAUUUGACUUUUGAUACUUU